UUUAAGCAAGACACGAAUAAGUCGGACUGUUUACAGUGUCGGAUUGGUCAGUCGGUGUGCGCUUCCGGGCUUGGAUGCGAUUGAGUGAGCGUCUCUUUUAUCCGGUGAUUUACAGCAGAGGUUUAAGACUGAGGCGUCGUUGUUUUCGAUACACACCACCUGUGUGAGGAGGGCUGAGCAGUGCUUUCCAGUGAAAAAUUACUUGCAUGUGAAUUUGAUAAACCAAGUAGAGGGAUUGAUGGCCUGUGAAGCGUCUCUGUAAAUGUGAAGAGGGAAAUGGUCUCAGGGGACAAAGGUCCUCUAUAUUGGACACAACCACUUUGAAAGCAGAUGCCAUGGAAAACUGUCCAAUCCAAAUUAAGCAGGAGGAUUGUGAAUCGGAGGCAAACCAGUUUAAGCAAGAGGGAUUCUCUCUCAAAGAGGAAGAAACGGAAUGGGUGACUGUUGCUGUUAAAGAAGAGGAUAUUGAGCAGGUGCAAGUGACAAUUAAAGAGGAACAUUCUGAAUAUAUUUGUUCAGAUGUUAAAGAGGAAAGUGAUACACAGUACACCCUGAGAAAUUGCUUCUUGCCUCAGGAACAUUCUGUACAUGAUAAAUGUGCCUCUCUGGAGUAUCAUGACAAGAGAAUAGAAGAACUAACAUCAAGCCAGCCUGAGAAAUCAGGUUUACAAGAGACUGGCUCUGGUUCCUUAUUUACAUUUGGAGUAGUAUCUCUUCAGACCAAAAGUCAGUACAAACAUAUUGAUGGAGAUCUGACAGAAUCACCAUUGGUAUCCGAGAAUGUGAAUUCUGUUUGUAUGCAAAAUACUCCACUAUCUGCAGAGGAACUUUCGCAUAUUGAGCCUGUUAAAAUUUCUUUGUUGUCCCAACCUACAAGCCUAGCACAUUUAUACGAGUGUCAUAUCUGUGGAAAAAAAUUUAAACGCAGGUCAUAUUGUGUUGAACACCAGAGGAUUCACACUGGUGAAAAGCCAUUUUGCUGUUCUGAGUGUGGUAAAAGAUUUAAACGUCAAGGUUGUCUUCAGACACACAAGAGAAUUCAUACUGGAGAGAAGCCAUAUUGCUGCAAUGACUGCGGGAAAAGAUUCACACAUAUGGGAUCACUUCAAAAACACCAACGGAUUCACACUGGAGAGAAGCCUCAUUGCUGUGCUGAAUGUGGUAAGCGAUUCACACAGAUAGGCUCUUUGCAGACACACAAGAGAACCCACACUGGAGAAAAACCAUAUGGCUGUACAGAAUGUGAAAAAAGAUUCACACACAUGGGCUCACUUCAGAAGCACCAGAGGAUUCACACUGGGGAGAAGCCAUACUCUUGUACUGAAUGUGGCAAGCGAUUCACGCACAAAAAUGUUUUUCAGGCACAUAAGAAAAUUCACACUGGAGAGAAACCUUAUCCCUGUACUGAAUGUGGCAAGCCAUUUGCUGACAGGCAGCAGCUUCAGAAGCACCACCGAAUUCACACUGGAGAGAAACCAUACUGUUGCACCGAAUGCAACAGGCGAUUUACACAAAUAAGUCAUCUUCAGAAACAUAAGAGAACUCAUACAGGAGAGCGUCCAUAUUCCUGCAUAGAAUGUAACAAACGGUUCACAGACAGGCAACAACUUCGGAGACACAAGACUGUUCAUACUGGAGAGAAGCCUUAUUCUUGUACUGAGUGUGGUAAACAUUUCACAGACAAACAGCAACUGCAGAGACACAGGAGAACUCAUACAGGAGAGAAGCCCUACUGUUGUCCUGAAUGUGGGAAACGAUUCACAAUUUCAAGUUCUCUUCUGAGACACAAGAGGACUCACACUGGAGAGAAGCCAUACUCAUGUGCCGAAUGUGGAAAGCGAUUUACACAAAUCGGCUCACUUCAGAAACAUGAAAGUUCUCACUGGCAAGGAGCUGUAUUACUGUCUAUGCAUCAUAUUUCAGCUAAGAAGUACAAAAAGUCCAGAACCAUUUCUUCCCUUAAAGGGAGGAAGCUUGAGACCCCAGGUGAUGAUGGGGAUGUAGACCUAAAGAACAAACUUGACACACAAACUUCAGAGAGGUUUGCAUCUGCAGGCUAUAAAAAUAUGAGGAGAGCUUCUCAGAACACAGAAAGAGCUGCAGAAAGCUUCAUAGUGGACAUGGCCAAGCUUGAAGUGGACAGGCUUUUGGUUAAUGGAAUUCAGAUAAAGCAAGAAGAGAACUGUGAAUGGGAAUCUGCCCAGUUUAACCAAGAAGACCCCUCUGUAAAGCAGGAGGAUUGUGAAUGGCAGACUGUUAUUAUUAAAGAAGAGCAAUUAGAAAAUGAAUCUUCAAGCAUGCCAUCACAGAACCAUGAAACUGUAAUCUGUAAGCAGGAGACAGCUAUAAAGUUGGAGCCAGUCACAUAUAAUAUUUGUCCAGAAAUAUUUGAAGCCUGUCAAGUAGAUUCUGUCUGUCUGAAAGCUGAAAUGCUGGAACUUGGAUUUGGGAAUAAAAGCAUAGAUGCAAUUUCUUACAUGAUAAAAGGGAAAGACCAAACAGUUAAAAGUCAAUCUGGACAAACAGAUUUUCAAGAUAAAGGAAGCUGCUCCUUGUCUUCCCUGGCUCAAGCCUCUCUUCAGUCUACUGAAAAGCAGAGUAAAAGUCAAGCUGGAGAAAAACCUUUCUCCUGCACUGAAUGCGGUAAACGAUUUACAAGAAGAGGUUCCCUGCAGGCACACAAAAGAACUCAUACAGGAGAAAAACCACAUUGCUGCACUGAGUGUGGCAAAAGAUUCACAGAGAUACGUUCUCUUCAGAAGCAUCAGAAACUUCAUACUGGAGAGAAACCAUAUUGUUGUACAGAAUGUGGCAAGCGAUUUGCAGACCGACAGACACUGCAGAGACAUUUAAAAACACACUUUGGGGAAAAACCAUAUUGCUGUACAGACUGUGGCAAGCGAUUUCCAGACAAACAGCAGCUUCAGAGACACACAAGGAUUCACACUGGAGAGAAGCCAUAUUCCUGUAGAGAAUGUGGCAAGCAGUUUGCACAAACAGACUCUCUUCAAAAACAUCAGAGAAUUCAUACUGGAGAGAAACCAUAUUGCUGCACAGAAUGUGGCAAACGAUUUGCAGACCGGCAGACAUUUCGAAGGCACAAAAGAACUCACACAGGAGAAAAGCCGUACUGUUGUAUUGAAUGUGAUAAACGAUUCACAGAGAUACGUUCACUUCAGAAACACCAAAGAGCUCACACUGGAGAAAAGCCACACUGUUGUGCUGAAUGUGGCAAGAAAUUUGCAGAAAUGCGUUCUCUUCAAAAGCACAGGAGAAUUCACACAGGAGAGAAACCAUAUUGCUGUACAGAAUGCGGUAAAAGAUUUGUAGAAAUGAGCUCUCUUCAGCGUCAUGCAAGAAUUCAUACUGGAGAGAAACCAUAUUGUUGUUCUGAAUGCAGUAAACAAUUUGCACAAAUUGAUUACCUCCAGAAACAUCAGAGAAUUCAUACUGGAGAGAAACCAUAUUGCUGUAUGGAAUGUGGGAAGCGAUUUGCAGAUCGACAACCACUUCAGAUUCACAAGAGGGUUCACACAGGAGAAAAGCCAUAUUGCUGUACCGAAUGUGGCAAACGGUUCACACAAAUUGGUUCUUUACAAAAACACCAGAGAAUUCAUACUGGGGAGAAGCCAUACUGCUGUACUGCAUGUGGCAAACGAUUUACACAAAUAGGUAAUCUUCAGAUACACAAGAGAGUUCAUUCUGUAGAAAUAACACCCUGCAGUUGUGGCACAGAAUUACCCUGUCCAGUUCAGGAUCCAAACCACUGUAUACAAAAGCAGUUAGUUUUAUUUAUUUCUUUGUAAUAGUGGAUGGGACUUGAAAGAAAAAAGAAACACAUCACAACCAAAAAAAUAGAAAGCACUGGGGCUUAGGUUUUCAGCCUGACCUUGCAGUGGUCACUGCCAUUUUUUUCUGGCUUUACUGUCUUCCUCGUGUUCUCAACUAUCUAUUUGAUCACAUGAAAGCAAGUCUGCUACUUUCUGUUGUUUAAGUGAGAGAAUUAGGACAUGGGUCAUUAAACAAUGACAAAACAUGGCAUUCACUUAAAGGCAAUUUAUUCAUAACAAGAACAUAUUGUCAUUUGCUCCUGAAACCUCUUUUGUUAAGUGUAAGUAACAAUUUCAAAAAAUGAAAUGCACAUUUCAAUGUACCUUACAAUUGCCGGAAAUGGAGCACUAAUCCAAAAAUGAGUCAAAAGUGUUUUAACUUAUCAAAUAUAAUUACCUUAAUGAAGAAAAUGUUCCUGUUUCACAUUCUGAAAUGACACAUAUCAAGUAAGUGCUUAUGGAAGCAUAUUCCAUUAAUAUAUUCCAUAUCUAUGAAACUCUAGUGUCCUUGUCCUUGUACUGCUUGAUUCCCUUCCCAACUCAAUAACAUAUUUACUGGAAAUCAACCUCCAGAAAACUAAGCUUACAAACAUAUUGCUAUAGAGUCCUAUGCUUUAGCUGUUCUCUUUACUAAUACGUUUUUGAUAAUGAUGUAGACCGGGGCGGGCAAAGUCAUUCCUGGAGGGCCGCAGUGGCUGCAGGUUUUUGUUCCAACCCAA